AGCGGAGCAGCGUCGCGACCCCAGCCCCAGCGCGGACCCCGCCCUAGCGCAGUCCAGGCCCCGGGCGCGGACACCCGCCUCGGAGCGCGGCCCCGCCGCCUCGCCGCCCCAGCCCCGGGCAUGGACGGCGCCCGCGCGCCCUAGAUGGACGGCGAUGGCGGCGGGCGCGGCGCCCCCUGCGCGCUGACGGAGGCCGGGCGCGGCGCGGGGCCGGCGGGCAUGGCGGAGCCGCGGGCGAAGGCAGCGCGGCCCGGGCCCCAGCGCUUCCUGCGGCGCAGCGUGGUGGAGUCGGACCAGGAGGAGCCGCCUGGCCUGGAGGCAGCCGAGGCGCCCCCCGCGCAGCCUCCGCAACCCCUGCAGCGCCGGGUGCUCCUGCUCUGCAAGACUCGGCGGCUCAUCGCUGAGCGCGCCCGCGGCCGCCCCUCCGCCCCCGCGCCCGCUGCGCCCGCCGCACCCGCUGCGCAGCCCGGCACCCCCUCGGACCCCAGCCCGGAGCCUGCGGGCGCCCAGGAACCCAGCCCGGAUUCCAUUGCCGCCGCAGCCGCCAAGGCCCCCGACUCGGGCCAGCGUGAGGAGGAGGGGGCGGCGGCCGCCGUGAGGCAGGAGGACGCCGGAGCCACCGAGGCGAAGCCGGAGCCUGGGCGCGCGCGGAAGGAUGAGCCUGAGGAGCAAGAGGAUGACGAGGACGACCUCAAGGCCGUGGCCACCUCCCUGGACGGCCGCUUCCUCAAGUUCGACAUCGAGCUGGGCAGGGGCUCCUUCAAGACGGUCUACAAGGGGCUGGACACCGAGACCUGGGUGGAGGUGGCCUGGUGCGAGCUGCAGGACCGGAAGCUCACCAAGCUGGAGCGGCAGCGCUUCAAAGAGGAAGCAGAGAUGCUGAAAGGCCUGCAGCACCCCAACAUUGUGCGCUUCUAUGACUUCUGGGAGUCCAGUGCCAAGGGCAAGCGAUGCAUUGUGCUGGUGACUGAGCUGAUGACCUCAGGGACGCUGAAGACGUACCUGAAGCGAUUCAAGGUGAUGAAGCCCAAGGUGCUGCGCAGCUGGUGCCGGCAGAUCCUGAAGGGCCUGCUCUUCCUGCACACGCGCACGCCGCCCAUCAUCCACCGUGACCUCAAGUGCGACAACAUCUUCAUCACUGGGCCCACCGGCUCCGUGAAGAUCGGCGACCUGGGCCUGGCCACUCUCAAGAGAGCGUCAUUCGCCAAGAGCGUGAUAGGUACGCCUGAGUUCAUGGCACCGGAGAUGUACGAGGAGCACUACGACGAAUCGGUGGACGUCUACGCCUUCGGGAUGUGCAUGCUGGAGAUGGCGACCUCGGAGUACCCCUACUCGGAGUGCCAGAAUGCGGCCCAGAUCUACCGCAAGGUCACCUGUGGCAUCAAGCCGGCCAGCUUUGAGAAAGUGCACGAUCCUGAAAUCAAGGAGAUUAUUGGGGAGUGCAUCUGCAAGAACAAGGAGGAAAGGUACGAGAUCAAAGACCUGCUGAGCCAUGCCUUCUUUGCGGAGGACACCGGGGUCAGGGUGGAACUGGCAGAGGAGGACCACGGCAGGAAGUCCACCAUCGCCCUGCGGCUCUGGGUGGAAGAUCCCAAGAAGUUGAAGGGCAAGCCCAAGGACAAUGGAGCCAUAGAGUUCACCUUCGACCUAGAGAAGGAGACCCCUGACGAGGUGGCCCAGGAAAUGAUUGACUCUGGAUUCUUUCAUGAAAGUGACAUGAAGAUCGUGGCCAAGUCCAUCCGUGACCGUGUGGCAUUGAUCCAGUGGCGGCGGGAGAGGAUCUGGCCUGCACUACAGUCCCAGGAGCCAAGGGACGCAGGCAGCCCUGACAAGGCCAGGGGUCCACCUGCACCCCUGCAGGUCCAGGUGACCUACCACGCGCAGGCUGGGCAGCCUGGGCUGCCUGAGCCUGAGGAGCCAGAGGCUGACCAGCACCUCCUGCCCCCCACGCUGCCAGCCAGUGCCACCUCCCUGGCCUCGGACAGCACCUUUGACAGUGGCCAGGGCUCCACGGUAUACUCCGACUCACAGAGCAGCCAGCAGAGCAUGGUCCUUGGUUCCCUUGUGGACGCAACGCCAUCCCUGGCCCCAUGCAUGUGCAGCCCACCAGUGAGCGAGGGGCCUGGACUGGCACAUAGCCUGCCCUCGACUGGGCCCUUCCCACAGCCCGCCACCACGCCCAGCUUGUCCGUGGGCUCUGCCUCAGCCCCUACCCGCCCUCCACUCCUCCAGCAGCACUUCCCAGAGCCUGCAAUGAGCUUUGCCCCUGUGCCCACGGGUCCUGGCCAUCCAGCGCCCCCUGCCCAGCAGCCUCCUCCAAUGGCCCAUCCACCAGCUUUGCCCCAGGUUCUGGCCCCACAGCCCUUGGGCGCCAUCCAGCCGGUGCCCCCUCACCUGCCUCCGUACCUGGCCCCAACCUCCCAGGUGGUGGCCCCCACUCAGCUGAAGCCCCUCCAGAUGCCGCAGCCACCCCUGCAGCCACUCGCUCAAGUCCCUCCGCAGAUGCCCGCGAUGCCGGUGGUUCCCCCCAUCACGCCGCUUGGCACCAUAGAUGGCCUCCCCCAGGCCCUCACUGACCUGCCGGCUGCAAAUGUGGCCCCUGUGCCACCUCCUCAGUAUUUCUCUUCCGCCGUGAUCUUGCCAAGCCUCACCACCCCACUGCCUGCAUCCCCUGCCUUGCCUCUGCAAGCAGUCAAACUACCCCAUCCCUCUGGGGCACCCCUGGCCAUGCCCUGCCAGACCAUCGUGCCAAAUGCACCAGCCACCAUCCCUCUGCUGGCCAUGGCCCCACAGGGCAUGGCUGCCCUGUCCAUUCAUCCUGGCAUGGCUCAGCUUCCAGCCCAGCUUCCAGCCCAGCUUCCGGCACAGCUCCCAGCACAGCCAGUAUAUCCAGCGGCCUUCCCACAGAUGGCACCAGGGGACAUCCCACCUUCCCCCCACCACACAGUGCAGAGCAUACGAGGCCCCCCUCCACAGCCCGUACCACCUGUGCCCACAGUACCACCCGUGCCCACAGUGCCGCCCAUGCCCACAGUGCCACCCGUGCCCACAAUGCCACCUGUGCCCACGCCUGCGCCUACUCAGCCCCUCGUAUCUGGUGUUGCCCACUUGCCCGAGCAAGUGGCUCCAGCUGCUGCCGCCACAGGGAGCCAGGUCCUGCUGGGCCACCCGCCUCCCUACACUGUGGAUGUUGCUGCCCCAGUCCCUGCUGUGCCCCUGCCGCCUGCUGUCCUUUCUCCACCCCUGCCGGACGUGCUUCCUCCUGGUGCCCCUGAGCUGCUGCCUAAGUUCCCUAGCUCCCUGACCCCCACACUGGUGGCAGCGCCUCAGAGUGUGCCUGCCCAAACCAGCACACUGCUACCACCAGCAAACCCACCGCUGCCUGCCGGACCCCCGAUGCCUGCCCCCUGCCCGGCAGUCCAGCUGACGGUGGAACCUGCUCAGGAGGAGCAGGCCUCACAGGACAAGCCUUCCGGCCCCCCACAGAGCUGUGAGAGCUAUGGUGGCUCUGAAGUCACUUCCGGAAAAGAGCUGAGUGAUGGCUGUGAAGGCACCUUUGGAGUGGGCAGGCUGGAGGGCAGGACUGCCCGGAGACACCACCGCAGGUCCACACGUGCCCGCUCCCGGCAGGAGAGGACCAGCCGGCCCCGGCUCACCAUCCUGAAUGUGUGCAACACAGGGGACAAGAUGGUAGAGUGCCAGCUGGAGACGCACAACCACAAGAUGGUGACCUUCAAGUUCGACUUAGAUGGGGAUGCACCUGAUGAGAUCGCCACGUACAUGGUGGAACACGACUUCAUCCUGCCGGCUGAGCGUGAGACCUUCAUCGAGCAGAUGAAGGACGUCAUGGACAAGGCAGAGGACAUGCUCAGCGAGGAUACAGACGUUGACCGGGGCUCUGACACGGGGGCCAGCCCGCCACCCCUGGGCACCUGCAGUCUAGCAGAGGGGGAGGAGGGGAGACAGUCUCCAGCAAAUGCCCCCGUGUACCAGCAGAAUGUGCUGCACACAGGCAAGAGGUGGUUUAUCAUCUGUCCGGUGGCCGAACACCCAGCAGCCGAUGUCCCUGAGCCAUCGCCCCCACUUCCUGUCAGCUCCCUGAAACCAGAAGUCAGCCAAGACCCAGCACCCUACACAGACCAGUUGUUUUUAAAGGAAAAACCCAGCUUCCCAGCUGGCCAGCAGCUCCUGAGCCAGGCAGGCCCCAGUGACCCUCCGGGUGGGACACCAACCCCUUUGGCACCACCCUCACCUCUUGUAACUGUGGCGCCCAAAGACGCAGCAGCACCAGCCAGCACCAUGCCAGAGCCAGCAGCAGGGACCGCCGUCCAGGCGGGGGAUCCAGGGACCUCUCAGGGGCCAGCCAGUGAGCGGGAAACCACCCAGCCACUGGCUGAGGCGCACGAUGCCCAGCGUGCCAUGCAGCCUCUCAGCACGGGCCAAGGACCUUGCACCUCAACUCCAGAGUCCUCCAGUUUGGGGGAGCCCCCCUCAAACAGGGAGGUCAGUACCCCAGGGGAGCUGCAGCCUGCUGUGGUGCCAGGGCCCUGCCCCCACAGCGGGGCUCUGCAGCCUGCUUUGGGUCAGCCACCACCUCUGCUCCCCACCUCAGUGGGGGCCAUCAGCCUGGCUGCCCCCCAGCUCCCUAGUCCCCCACUGGGGCCUGCUGCCCCACCACUACCACCCUUGGCCCUGGAGUCAGAUGGGGAAGGGCCGCCCCCCAGAUUGGGCUUUGUGGACAGCACCAUCAAGAGCCUGGAUGAGAAGCUUCGGACUCUGCUCUACCAGGAGCAUGCGCCCACCUCCUCAGCCUCAGCUGGGACCCCCGUGGAGGCAGGUGACAAGGACUUCUCCUCAGAGCCCCCAAGGGAAGAUGUGCCUCACCAGGAGGCCUUGGGGGGAGAGCUCGCCCAGCCACCCCAGCCCUCGUUGGAAAAAUCAGAGACAGCCCCUGCAGGAUGGGGCCCAGUGGAGCAGGAGCAGGGCGCCUCUUCACCAAUAACAGCAGAGUCGUCUUCCAGCAACACACUGGGCUGUGACAGUGAUGGGGGACAGGCAGCCUCAGACUCACCCGCAGCAUCCAGUGUCCCCCAGGCCGUCCUUGCCUCUGCGAGUCCUGCGUGUGUGCAGCCCUCAGACCAGAACAGCAGGGUCCCCAGGGAAGCCUCGGAAGAGCCCAUGCGGAGCCACCCAGGGACAGUCACAGAGGGUGGCCAGCUCAGUUGCCCCCAGACACACGGCACUCGGGCCUCAGGGUCACCGCAUAAGCGGCCAGGGCAGCAAGAGGGCAGCUCACCGGCCAAGACAGUGGGCCGUUUCUCAGUGGUGAGCUCACAGGACGAGUGGACACUGGCCUCCCCGCACAGCCUGAGGUACUCCGCCCCUCCCGACGUCUACCUGGACGAGGUCCCCUCCAGUCCUGACGUGAAGCUGGCUGUGCGGCGGGUACAGACCGCCUCCUCUAUCGAGGUCGGUGUGGGCGAGCCGGCGUCCAGUGACUCUGGGGACGAGUGCCCGCGGAGAAGGCCCCCGGUGCAGAAGCAGGCCUCCCUGCCUGGUAGCAGCGGCGUGGCUGGUGACUUGGUGAAGAAGGCCACGGCCUUCCUGCAAAGGUCCUCCAGGGCUGGGUCCCUGGGCCCUGAGACACCCAGCAGGGCAAGUGUGAAGGUCCCCACCAUCAGCGUCACCUCCUUCCACUCCCAGUCAUCCUACAUCAGCAGUGACAAUGAUUCAGAGUUUGAGGACGCGGACAUCAAGAAAGAGCUGCGCAGCCUACGGGAGAAGCACCUGAAGGAGAUCUCAGAGCUGCAGAGCCAGCAGAAGCAGGAGAUUGAAGCUCUGUACCGCCGCCUGGGCAAGCCGCUACCGCCCAAUUUGGGCUUCUUCCACACGGCGCCCCCCACUGGCCGCCGGAGAAAAACCAGCAAGGGCAAGCUGAAGGCUGGCAAGCUGCUUAACCCGCUGGUGCAGCAGCUCAAGGUCGUGGCCUCUAGCACAGGUCACUUGUCUGACUCCAGCAGAGGCCCUCCCGCUAAGGACCCUGCUCACGCCAGCACGCCCCCGUGCGCCAAGGCAGUUCAGACCCAGCAGCCCUGCUCCGUCCGAGCCUCCCUGUCCACAGACAUCUGCUCCGGCUUAGCCAGUGACGGAGGCGGAGCGCGUGGCCAAGGCUGGACGGUUUACCACCCAACGUCUGAGAGAGGGGCCUAUAAGUCUAGUAGCAAGCCUCGUGCUCGAUUCCUCAGUGGACCCGUAUCUGUGUCCAUCUGGUCAGCCCUGAAGCGUCUCUGCCUAGGCAAAGAACACAGCAGUAGGUCCUCCACCAGCAGCUUGGCCCCAGGCCCCGAGCCAGGUCCCCAGCCCACCCUGCACAUCCAGACGCAGGUGAACAACAGCAACAACAAGAAAGGGACCUUCACCGACGACCUGCACAAGCUGGUGGACGAGUGGACAACCAAGACGGUGGGGGCGGCACAGCUGAAGCCCACGCUCAACCAGCUGAAGCAGACGCAGAAGCUGCACGGCAUGGAGGCCCCCGGCGAGGUGCGGGCUAUGACCACACCUCGAGCAGGAGUGGGGAUGCCAUACCUGGCCCCAGCACCUGGCCCGCUGUCCACCGCAGCCAUUCCUGGAGCCACUCCAACCCUGCCGGUGCCCACACCAGGUACUGCCCACUCCAGCCUCCCACGCCCACCCUGUGCACUGCUCCUGGGUCAGUAUGGAGGCCUGUGCCCAGCUCCAGUGGCCUGGGGGCCCUGGGCAGCCCCAGGAAGCCCCCCAGGGUUUUGGGGCAGCUGGAGCCCUGCCCAGGUUCCUGUGCUGCCUGUGUUCCUGUGGCCGCCUGCUGUCAGCACCCCCGGCCACCGGCUGCAUAUGACGUAGCCCUGUGUGAUCAUGGGUUGGCCUCUGCAUGCCUCCUGGCCCUGGGCCCAGUGGACAGCAGGACAAGCUUCUCCUACUGCUUAAGGCCUUGAUCAUCCUUAGCCUCCAUGGUCUGCACACCCUUGUCCUCCUCUGGAGGUCAGAACCUUGUCACCCGCCCUGUAGAAGUGCAAUAUCUUGAAUUCCAGCUUUUCUGUUCCCUGAUGGAAAUGUUUUUAAAAAUCAGAAAAAGAUCUUAUCUCAUUUACUGUUGGCUUUGCUUUAGUAUCUGUACUGUGUGAAGUUGCAGAGAUCUGAAUGGUUUAUAAAGCUGAAGCUAAAGUGUUUUUAUUGGGGAGGUACGGUAACAUGAACUCAGGACCUCACGCUUGCCGGGUGGGCGCUGUGCCUCUGAGCUAAAUCCCCCGCCCAAAGCUGAAGUUUGAUCUUCAGUUUUCUAUUAUAGAUGCCUUUUUAGAAACGAAAAGAAAGAAAAUUGAACAGUGCUCUUGGACACUGAGGACUGGGCUUGAUCCUCAGUGGGGCUGGGGUCCCCAGCCUUCUCAGUGGCUGAGAGGCCCUCGGGCAGGGUGCGUGUGUGGUCAGGAGCAUCGGCAGCUUUGUUUCACUGUGAAGAACCUGCCGGAAAAUGCCAGAAGAGCAGACGCCCUGGAGGCGCCCUGCCCCUUCUGCUGCAGGGCCUCCCACCCCUUCCACUCAGGGGCCUCCUUUCCCAUGACUCCUGCAGGAGCCCACCAGGCCCUGCUGCCCCUCUUGAGCCACACUGCUGUGGGGAGGGCCCUUCGGUGAUUUCCAUGGGCACAGAACAGCCCUGGGUGGAGGUGAGAGUCCCACAGUGCCCUGCUGUGGAUCUUGUAUUUGUUAGAGCAGCCGGAUCUUUUUUUUUUUUUUUUUGUUUUUUUUUUGUUUUUGUUUUUUAUUUUUGUUUUUUAUCGGUACUGGGGAUCGAACUCACGACGGCCUGCUUGUAAGGCAGGCACUUAUGCCGCUGAGCUAAAUCCCCAGCCCAACCGGAUCAUUUUAGUGUUAAUGUCUGAGUCGUCUGUUCAGUUAGAAACGAAGUUAACGGUGAACUGUGCAGGGUCCUCUGCCAGGGCAUCCGCUGUGGUGAGAUUCGCGUGUUCUGUGCCAGGCUGACCCCCACGUGGACCUGUUUCUCGGUGAAGCAGGGGCAGCCUCUCCCGCUGCCCCGCACGCCCAGUCCUUUCCUCCUACGACAAUAGUAGUGGCAUGGGAUCCCCAAGAGAUUGUGUAUGUGAAGGAGAAAAAUAAACAUUUUUGCUUGAAAA